GUGGGAUCCAUAUCAGGGUUCCAUGGUCAUCCCGAAGAUUCAGAUGGGUCCCUCCACAACGUAAAUUCAGGAUACGAGAAAUUUCCUGUCGCCUGCAUUGAGAGAUGAGCUGAUCUGUCCUCGUCCGGGUGAGGGGACGACAAGGGGCGGGUUUUUGAAAUAUCAACACUAGGUGGAAGUGGACGGUUGGGAUUCAGUUGGGCUUUUCUUGCACAUCCUUCCAAUUACCAAUUUAAGGGGUCAGGCUGUGCCGGUCGACCUACGCCAAGGGGUUGGAGGAGACCUCCCGCCGCGCAUCCCCGCUCCACCUUCCAAUCGAUAGUUGCGACAGAUCGCGAGGAGCGAAAGGCUUGGACGCGAAGGCGCAACUCUUGAAUCUUUUCUGAUUAGUUGAUUGGAAUGAUCCCUUUCCCCAAUGUCUUAAUGCAGCCAAAGGCCCUUUUUUUUUGUCAUCAUCAAGAGUAAUUGAUGUGCACUGUUAGUCCACAAACUUCUGGACAGAGAUCUAAUUGUUGUUGCAUAUCGGUGAACCUGGGAUAGAGGUCCAGUGAUUGAUGUGACAUAGAAGGGCAAAGUACAAAAUUACAGUAUUAUUGGAGAAUUCAAUGUUGCAAUUUGCAUGCACAAGAUUUUCUGAAGCAGUGUUUGUGGCCUCUUCGAAAAGGGGAGUAUUUUGCCUUUAAACAGUGGAUAGAUCCCCUAAUGGUCUUCUGAUCGCUUGAAAUGUUCGAAUGAACAAUGUGAUGCAUUGAAGCAAAAGAGGAGUCAUCCAUUGCAGUAAUUGUUAUUAGCAAAGCUUUUGAUGGCAAGUAGCCAUCCAUCACAGCCACUGUGAACAGCUUGAGCUCGUUGGAUUCUCGUUGGAACCUGGCGGCGGCGAUUUCCGUGACCUAUCUUUCAGGUUCCUCAUCCUGUUCAAUGUGAAAGCUCGUUUUGUUCGUUGUCUUUGUCAACGCACGCCAGGGGAUACAGCUCAGAGUUCGUUCGAUGGAUUGGUCAAGACCGCAACAAGAAGCUAUGAAGCCAUAGCAUAUGCUGGGUUCAGGAGGAGGAAGGGAGAGCAGAUGGAGAAGAGUCAGAAGAGUAGCCACAGGAGCCUCCCCAAGAGGAUCAUACUGGUGAGGCAUGGGGAGAGCCAGGGGAACCUGGACAUGGCGGCUUACACCACGACGCCAGACUACCGGAUUCCGCUCACGGUGCUGGGCGUCGAGCAGGCCCGCGAUGCAGGGGAGCGGAUCUGCCAGGUGGUGUCGGAGGGCGGGCGGGCGGCAGCGUGGAAGGUGUACUUCUACGUGUCGCCCUACGAGCGCACGCGGUCGACGCUGCGGGAGAUGGGUCGGGCGUUCCCCCGGAAGAGGAUCAUCGGGGUGAGGGAGGAGUGCCGAAUCCGGGAGCAGGACUUCGGGAACUUCCAGGUGGAGGAGAGGAUGAAGGCCAUCAAGGAGACGCGGGAGCGCUUCGGUCGCUUCUUCUUCCGCUUCCCGGAGGGCGAGUCCGCCGCGGAUGUCUUUGACCGGGUCACAAGUUUCAUGGAGUCGCUGUGGAGAGACAUCGACAUGCGGCGGCUGGAGCAGGAGGACAACGCCAACGUGAAUCUGGUGAUCGUGUCGCACGGCCUGACCUCGAGGGUGUUCCUGAUGAAGUGGUUCAAGUGGACGGUGGACGAGUUCGAGCGGCUGAACAACCCCGGCAACUGCGAGAUCAGAGUGAUGCAGCUGGGCCCGGGCGGCGACUACAGCCUCGCCAUCCACCACCAGCCGGAAGAGCUGCAGCGGUGGGGGCUGUCGCCGGAGAUGAUCGCGGAUCAGCAAUGGCGGGCCACGGCCGUGCGCGGCCGCUGGUACGACAGCUGCCCCUGGCACCUGGACAACUUCUUCCAGCACCUCAAGGACUCCUCGGAGGACGACGAAUCGUCGGACGAGCGCCGGAGCGCGUGAUGCAUGUGGAGUUGGCGUUUCAGAAUCGAUGGAGGGUUGCCUGUGGAGGCCUUGGCGUUUCCGAGUCCAUAGAGAAUUACCCGUCCUCCUCGGGCACGCUCUUGGAGAAAAAGUGGCGCAGACGACUUCCCCUUAUGUCCUCUGGCGCCGUUACAUCCCGCCGCUCCCCCUUUGAUGCUUUGGUACAUCCCCGGGGGGAUGUACCGCAAUGAGGGAGACAGUGGCGCGUCCCUACCGACACGUGUCAGAUCGAUUGCGAAUUAGAGAGAUAGAAAAUAAGACUUUUGGUCGGUUCAAUUCAUCGGAUCGUUUUCUUCAA